CCCCCGGCAAAUGAAAUGGUACAAUCCAAGAUGGCAGUGCUCCCAACCCGGAAGUUGAAAACUGACAAACUUUUUCUUCUUUCUCUCUCCUUCCUGGCGCUUGUUGCCUUGGCAACCACGUCAGACGUCAGACAGCUGUUUGAAGACUUCGUGGUGAAGUUUGGGAAGAAAUAUCAGAGCAAGGAGGAGUAUUGGAGGAGAUAUCACAUUUUUAAGGAGAGCGUGUUGCGCCAUCAGCAGAUGAACCUCGGAAGGACGGCCGGCUCCGCUCUGUACGGGGUCAACCGGUUCUCCGACCUCACGCCCGCUGAAUUCCGGGAAAAACACCUCUCCACAAUCAAAACAGAUGGAAGACUUCACACCAGUAAUGUCACAGGUAAAAAUUCAGCGCAGUCGAUCUACGACCCUCACUACAGCUUUGAGGUUCCGAGCGACGUUCCUCCUAUCUGGGACUGGCGCAAAAACAAGACUGUCACUGCCAUCAGGGACCAGGGCAGUUGUGGAGGGUGUUGGGCGUUCAGUAUCGUGGAGACGAUCGAGAGCCAGUGGUCCAUCGCAGGACACCCACUGGAGGAAUACAGCGUACAACAGGUGUUGGACUGUGACCGUACGAAGGGAAGCCACGGCUGUAGAGGAGGGGACACCUGUAACGCACUGUCAUGGAUGAACCAGACAACUGCCAACCUUGUUCCUAAAAAGGACUAUCCUUACACAGGGAAAGAUGGAGAGUGCAGAUUUUUCACUAACACCACAGACAGUGUCCACCUCACUAACUACACAUGCAGAGGUUAUGAGAACCACGAGGACGAGAUGGUGCGCCUGCUGCACGGUCACAGCACGCUGGCGAUCAUCGUGGACGCCACCAGCUGGCAGGACUACCUGGGCGGGAUCAUCCAGCACCACUGUUCACAUGACUACAACAACCACGCCGUGCAGAUCGUGGGAUACAACAUCAAGGGUGAUGUUCCUUACUUCAUAGUGAGAAACUCCUGGGGCUCUAGUUGGGGGCUGGAUGGAUACCUGCACAUAAGGAUAGGCAGCAACUUGUGUGGUGUGGCCAACCAGGUGUCAACUGUGUCUGUUUAAGGGAGGGGGUCAGAGUUCAGAUUUACUGUAAAUUGUUACUAUUGUAGAGACCUGAUCUUACAGUAGGAGGGUAAAGAAAUCUUUGAGUACUUUGAGGUUGAAACAAAUUUGUAGUACAGUAUCAAAUCAGUAAUGCAAUGCAACAGAAAUGCAUCUUAGUGGUAGAGGGGUCACCACAAAAACACAACUGCUGUAAACAUUUCAACAUGUGCAGUAUAGCAAUCAUAAUAAUCAUAACUUAAACAGCAGGACU